UAGGUAUCUACUAUAUCGAAAUGUUGAAAUAAUUUCUAGAAAUUUCGAUUUAGUAUCUCAACAUUUUGACUUCCUGGCAACCUGGUGUAGAGCGCUGCGCGCGUUGUAAAGUACAACUGCACCGUUUUUAUCGUUGAGGUGCACGUUCACGCUGAUGGUGGUGCCACGUUGGUCGGACAGUUGUGUCGGUUGAAAUCGAUACGAACAAACCCGUAUCACCUUGAUUAGAGUCUUCGGGGUGUAAGGAGGAUGCAGGGCGGCAACAGAGAACCAGCCGCAGGGCCCGAGGUUUCCCAGUCCGAGGGCGGCCCCAGCCCCAGUGAAGAUGACAUGGCAGAGGGGGACCUGGGGGACGGGAUGGGCAACAGACCAGACUCCACUAUCAGAAAGAAGCUCCAGAGCCGGAGAGGUAGCAGGGGGCAUGCUGAGGAGCUGCUGCCCAGGACGGGGCUCCUGAAAAGGGGCAGCGAGGGAGGGGAGGCAGCCUUCAUCUGGACGUCCUGCAGUGGGCUGUACACAGUGUUCAGACAGGAGCUGGAGGUGGAGCAGGCGUCACUGCAAUGGAGGGUCAGGGGGACAGAAUCCCUGAGCGAUCUGUCCACUGAGGAGCUGCGAGAGAGGCUACAGGAAGUGACCGAGGAGGCAGAGCUACUGCGCUGUGAGUUGGAGGUCACCAGUCGUCACCUGGAGGGAAAACACGAAGCACUGAAGAUCCUACAGGGUCAGAGUAUUCUAGACAGGGCAACCUCUCACACUAAGAUUCUACUCCAGAAGAGUGAGGAGAGGACCAAGGCUCUGGAAAAGGUGAAUGUUGUUUGUUUCUGGCCUGUUAUGUUAAAAGGCCACAGGAAGGAAGUGAAUGGCCUGCAGUGGGAGAUCACUUAUAACCAGAUGCACUUCAAGAACUUUGAGCAGUCCUGGGAGCAGAAAUAUGUCAGGGUUUGCAGUGAGAAUAAGGCCCUGAGUGACAGCCUGGGAGACAGGGGGAGAGAGGUACAGGAGCUGAGGACAGAGAACACAGCUGUGAGUCAGCAGUGUCUGGAACUCCUAGCCAUGCUGAAUGUCCGGGAACAGAGAGCCUUCCAGGGGACCAAGCCUUCAUGCACCCAAGGGAGAGAGGAGGACCAGGGGACUGUUCUGGAGCUGGCUGUGUUGGGUGCGUGCCAGUGUCCAAAUGUAAGGGAGGCCUGCCCCUGUGCCAGGAGUGCUGCUGCCAGCCGAAAACAGGUUCUCCAGCUCAGACAAGAGCUGGAGGGCCAUGGCAGGAGGAUGGAGGAGGCGUUGCUGAUGGCGGACGCAUUUCGGAUCGCCUUCGAACAGCAGCUCAGGAGGCGCAGCGAUCACUUCCUGAUUCUGGCCGAGACAGACAGGAACAAGUCCCGCCCACUAAGGCCAGAAGGCAAGGAUAAGACAGCAUCUCUCAGUGUGGCUCAGAGACUAAGAGGACUGCUGCCGUCCAGCACAGAGAUCACAGACGACCCCACAGAGACUCUGCACAAACUCCUCGACCUGCUGAGUGAUAAGGAAGAAGCUCUUGCUCACCAGAGGAAGGUUAGCUUCAUGCUAGCCCGCAACACAGAGGAACUAGAGAGACGGUUGAAGACAGACAAUAUGCUGCAGACACAGGUCACAUCACCACCACACUGUUCUUCAGAGACAGACACAUGCAAGUCCAACCAUGCAGGCACAAGCGUCUGCAGUUCCAACCAUGUCCAGGAGAGGGCAGGAGUGGACCAGUGUCAUGGUGGGGCGUUAUCAUCAAAAUCAGACACCACAGACCUCCAGCCCUCCGAGAUCCAAGAGGCUGAGACGGAAGCCACCGACCUCCAGAUACAGGGCCUUUCUCUGGGGCAGUCACCCAUGGAGAGAGGGGGAAGAGAGGACCAUCUGGUCACCCUACUAUGAGUUGUUUGUCAUUACAGAGUGAUCCUACCUGGCCUUCUUACUGUGGUGCCGUGCUUGAAAUGGAAUGAAACGUGUGCCAGCACUCCUUUUGGGUGCCGAUACUCAUGAUAUUUAAGUGAAAGGUAUUCAUUAUAUAUUAGAGGUAAUGUUCUGUAAGAGGUGCCGGUACUCUAGGACAAAAUUAGAGGUGCCUGCACUCCGUACCGAUGUGUACCAGCCCAAUUCAAGCACUGCCGCUGUGCAUCUGACUGAUCAUGGAACAAAUCUGGUCCUGUAUAAGUCUGGUUUUACGUGAAUAUUAUCGGCCUCUGUGUAGCCCUUGUGAUUGCAUUUUAUAUUAAUAAUUCUUAGCACAUUACAAUUGAUAGAAAGUGACUGAAUGCUUUACAUUUUGCUAAACCUCUUGCUCUGAAUGUUUCCUGAGCUCUGAUAAGAUGUUUUAAUGUAUCCACUUAUAAAAUGUUAUGAUGGUCAAAAUAUUGAAGUGGAAUUGUUUAGAGUUAUGUUGCUGUGUGUAGAAUAGUUAUUUGUUGUCAUGCAAAUGUAAGAAAUGGAUAUGUGCCAAUGUUGAUGUCCCUGAUUACACAAUUACACAUAUAGCCUCUGCCUCCUUUCAAGCCACAGGGCGCGUUUGAGCUGCAAGGCCAAAUCAACCGGCUGUCGACGAAAGUCGAGCAGUGAAGUCGGGGAGAUGUAUCUGCGAUAGCCGAAAGUCACAAUUUAACCACAAUGUAUCGCGGAUUUGAUGCUCUCAAACAUGACCCUUGACCUCUCUGACUGCAGUCAACUAAAUUAUCCUUGAUCUCAUGAUUUCUGUAAAGUUCAUGCAGUCAACAUGUAGGCGCAAGUCAGACCAUUUUUAUCCCCAAUAAUGCAACACACUUUGAAAGCGACAUGACAAAAUUGACCCACUCGAACGAGCCCUAUGACUGUUCAAACUCAUAAAAGCAGGAAUCUUAGUUAUCAAAUCCCACAAUCCAAUGCAACCAAAACACGGACAGCUGUGUGUAGGAUGGGGAGAUUCCUAGAUGUGAGAAGUGUGCAGGAGGGCAUGAGACAAAGGAUUGUGUAGUAUCUGUGGUGAAAGCUGUGUGUGUGUGUAAACUCUAGGGGUAACCAUGGUGCUGGAGAUCAGCAGUAUCCGGGGAGAGAAAGGCCAAAUGUAUCAGAGACAUAUAUCCCACAGAUCACACAAAUCAAACACUGAUAACCUCCCAUAUCUGUUAGGUGAAAUACCGCAGUGUGCAGUCACAGCAGCAAGAUUUGUUGUCCGUUGCCAUGACAAAAAGGCGGAGCUCAAACAACAGUAUACGGUGCGUGUCAGAUCUCCUGUACGGUGCAUUCGGAAAGUAUUCUGACCCCUUUACUUUUUCCACCUUUUGUUACAUUACAGCCUUAUUCUAAAAUAGAUGAAAUCCUUUU